AUUUUUAAACUAAUGGACUGAAAUAGUGAUUUUUGACGAACCACAGGGACGAAAACAGUAAUCAACUCUCUUUUUUUGCAUUGGUUAAUCACUACCGUGUCAUAUGAUCCUAAUUUGUUUGCAUGUCACUAGUGAUUAUCAUCUCGAGUCACCGUAUACUCAAUUGUGUUAACAGGACUUGUAGGUGUGGUACCUCAUGGUGCAAGUUCACCAGUAACAUGCUUUAUUUUUUAUUUGCAUUGCCACUGCUUUUAGUUUUUAACGACUCUCGUUGUUCUUAGCAAAAUCUGUGUUUUUAAACUUAUUUUUCGCAUUCUAUCUGCAACUGCAGGAGAAAUAAACUGCAAAAAGUGUUCUCUAAGACAAGCAUUACUGUGAUUGCCGGCUUGUUGUGAGGUGCAAUGGUUGAAGACACAAGUAAUGAAAUUGGAAUGAGAAAUAGUAGAGAAGCAUUCGACGAUGAAGAAAAUUAAAGACAAUAUGAAGUUAUACUCGGGAGAUUUUCUUUUGAGUAAACUGCCAAAAUGGUCCCUGAGAACUCUUUGGCGUAACACACGGUGGGACGAAAACCCGGUUGGGCUAGGGAAUCGAACUGACAACCUCACACAAGACUUAGUUUAAAUCCUCGAUCGCCUAUAUCCACCCCAAUUGAACUUGAGUCUCCAUUGGAAAACCCAAGCCUCCUACCACUAGGCCACACGUGGGGGGAUCAUAUAGCAUUAUAUGAUGCAUUUGAAAGUGAAAGUAUUUUACUUUAUUAAGCAUGCCAAUAAAUAAAGGAUUAAAGGAAGUAGCCAAUUGCUAGAGAUAGUAGCUUGUAAAGUAAUUAUUGUAUUCAUGUUGAAUGAAGUAAUCAAUUUCCUCUUAAGUAAGGCAGUAGAACUUGACUUGUAAAAUUAAGUACCAUACUACAAUAAAUAGAGACAGAGAUAGAAAUGGGACAAGUGUUGAAUACGUCAAAUUAAGUGUAAGCAUAUAAGGGUUGAAUGUUUUAUUUAAUUUUGGGUCGAUUAGUUUAUUCAUUUAACUAAUUAUAGAGCAGAUGCUGGCCGGUGAUAAUAAUAUUAAACCAUCCAAGUGAUCUUUCUAAUUAACAUGUUAGCCGGUGAUAAUGAUAUUUACCUGCCCAAGUACGUAGGCAAUGAGCUGGACGUGAACCCGAUGGUAACGCUUGAACUACUACCAGUUCAUUGAUUAGAAUAAAAUAAUCACAAAUUGUUUAGAAAAACCAGCUAGCCAGGCUGCCUAAGCUCCCUAACCUUAUCAAUAAGGGUAUAAACAAGCCUAGAAGCUCAAGAGCUACUCGUUAUCUUUUCGGUUAAAAGCUCGAACGAGUCAAGCUUUAACGAGCUCGAGCCUGAAAUAGAAAGCUCAUUUAGGCUCACAAAGCUAAGGUAGGGUCUGAGGAGGUUAAGAUGUAGACAACCUUACCUCUAUCCCGUAGGAAUAGAGAUGCUGCUUUCAGCCUUACCUCUAUCCCGUAGGAAUAGAGAUUCGAACGGUACGCGUCGAAACGGUUCGCGUCGAAACGGUACUGGUCGAAUAGAUUCGCGUCGAAACGGUACGAAACUAGUCCCGGCCCGAAACUCGUGUCGGCCUAAAACCCGUCUCGUGCGGAAACUCAUGUCGGUCUAAAACCCGUUGCGAUCCUAAACCCGUCCCGUGCGGAAACCCUUGUCGGCCCGAACCCGAUCCGAACCGACCCGUUUCGAUCUAAAAUCCGCCACGUGCCAAAACCCGUCUCGGUCCAAAACUCAAUUCGAACUAAAACCGUUCUGAUCCAAAACCUAUUUCGUGUCGUAACCAGUCUUGUGCGGAUAUUUGUGCCGGGCCGAAACCCAUUCAGAUCCGAAAUCUGACCCGUUUCUUUAAGGUGCUAAUCCACAUCAACCCAUUUCUUAAAAGUUGUCGACCCCCUUUGACCCUAGAAUAACAAAAUGGAAUUUUAAUUGACCGGUUUAGUUCAAAUAUUUUUGGAAGCAGCCUCUCUAUCCCUAGGGGUAGAGGUAAGGUGUGCCUACAUCCCACCCUCCCCAGACCCUACAAAUAGCUUUGCUAUUUGUGGGAUUUUACUGGGUAUGAUUGAUUGAUUGAGUUCAAAUAUCAUACCCAAACUAACCUAUAUAAUUUUAAAAGCAACCCAAAGUAACCCACUUGAAAGCUUUUGGGUCAAGAUUGCCACUCAUGAUCCUUUAAUCGUAAACGAUAUUUUUUUUAUAUAAGGACCCGUUUUAACUCAUAAAAAGGAUUGAGCCGUCGGUAUACAAGAUGAUUAUGAUUAGAGUAAUCAAAUUAGAACAAUAAGUUGACAGCUUACAUUACAUGGGCUUUUCCAAAGAAAAUCGCACAUUAAAACAAGAUUUUAUUUUUGUAUAGCUGUAAAUAAAUGAAGUAAGUAGCCAAUUGCAUGAGAUAGUAGCUUGUAAAAUUUUGUAAAAGAAGCAAAUUUGAUGAUACAAAUCACAAAACAAAAGAAUACACCAAUUCACAUAACAAUGUUGACACAAUUUGCAUAUGAAUUUAACAACAUACAACAUAAUUUACAACUUACACGUCUUAACAUGUCCCAUAUCCUUUGCUUUAGCCCUUAGCAAGUGUUUAUUAAUCUUUCCCGUAGCGGUUUUCGGCAACAAACCGAAAACAAUCGAUUUCGGACCCAAUAACCCGGGUUGUUCUCAGCUUCUGCGGAAAAACUUCAUUAUAUCCUCCGCUCUUUUACUUUCAUCCAAUUUCCCCACUCAUUGAACAAGUUGCUUAGGAGCACUUGGUAGUAAGUUUUUGCCAUGUUGAAUUUCUUGACCAGGCAUUCACCGAGUCACGUGUUUAUGAAACCAACUAUGUACCCAAUAACUAAACUUUCUGUUCGGUUUGGUUCGGUUUGGUUCGGUUUGAUUCGGUUUAGUUCAGUUAUGUGGACGCUCAAAACGGGAAUCUUCACACAAAAGUCGUAAUUAAAUAAUAAAUAGAGACCGAGAUAGAAAUGAGACAACUGUUGAAUACGUCAAAUUAGGUGUACGUAUAUAAGAGUUGAAUGUUCUAUUAAAUUUUGGGUCGAUUAGUUUAUUCAUUUAACUAAUCCAAGUGGUCUUUGUAAUUAACUUGUUUAAUCCUUGUGUUAACAUGUCCAAUUACGUAAGCAAUGAGCUGGACGUGAACCCGAUGGUAACGCUUGAACUACUACCAGUUCAUUGAUUAGAAUAAACUAAUCACAAAUGGUUUAGAAAAACCACCUAGCCAGGCUGUUUGAGCUCCCUAACCUUUUCAAUAGUUGGUGAUUGGUGGAUUGACUUUUCCAUUUCUUCACUUUCUUGCUUUUGUUUCCAAGCAAACAUUCAGUUCUUGAAUUACUAUCAAUCUUUGAGUGGCAUACACAAAUUUGUGAUUCUUUCAUUUUGAAAUAGUAAUCAUGGCAGAUGUGGGUGUUGCGGUCCUUGUGAAGGAGGUGGUGCGGAUACUGGGUUCUGUAGCUAACCAAGAGUUUACUCUACUUAGGGGACUCGAAGAUGAUAUUUCGAGUCUCAAGGAUGAUUUCGAGCAGAUCCAAGCUGUUCUUCGAGAUGCAGAAGAGAAACGUGUCAAGAAUAAUGCUGUAGAGGUGUGGCUUAAGCGUCUCAGAUCAGCAUCCUUGGAGGUAGAAAAUGUGUUGGAUGAGAUCUCUACCGAAGCUUUGCUACAAAGUCUACACAAAAAACAAGUCGAAUUCAGGGUAAGAGCCUUCUUCUCCUCUAAUCAAAAUAAAUAUAUGACCCGUGUUAGGAUUGCUCACAAGGUCAAAGACAUAAAAAGUAAGCUGGAUGUCAUAAAUUCCGAGAGAUUUAACUUAGAUUUGACCCCUUUAGUUCCCACAAGUCAUGUUGACGAUACUGAAGAUGUGGGUCAGAUGCCAGAUAGGGAAACAAGCUCGGUUAUACACGAUACUUCAGUUAUCAUGGGAAGAAAUGAAGAAAGGGAUAUGGUAAUAGGAGAUAUAUGUAACAAGGAUAUAGGGAAACAUGAGAAUGGGGAGGUUCCGGUGUACGGUAUAUGGGGUAUGGGAGGCUUGGGAAAGACUACUCUGGCUCAGUUAGUCUAUAACCAUGAAACGGUGAAUCAAUAUUUUGACUUAAAAUGUUGGGUCUACGUCUCUGAAAACUUCCAAGUGAAAGAGAUAAUGAGAAAAAUUAUUGAAUUGAUAGAUAACUGCGGGUGUAUAGAUACACAGCUAGAGAAGUUGCAGGUGUCCCUCCGGAACAAAUUAAGGGGAAAAAAGUUUCUAGUUGUACUAGAUGAUGUUUGGGUCGAAGAGAAUGAAAAGGCCAAGUGGGAGGAGCUAAGUAAAACAUUAACUUGUGGGGCUGAAGAAAGUAUUGUAGUGAUGACAACGCGGUCACAAACAACUACUCGAAUAAUGGCUAAGGUUCCUGAGUUACAACAUAAACUAGGAUGUUUAUCAGAAGAGGAUGCGUGGCUGUUAUUUAAGAAGCUUGCUUUUGCACAAGGAAGAGAAGGGGGUGACAUAAGUGAGCUAGAGCCUAUUGGAAGGGAGAUUGUUGGGAAAUGUAAAGGGUUGCCUUUGGCAGUGAAGACCUUGGGUAGCCUAAUGUGGUCAAAAAGUAGUACAAACUAUUGGCAAUAUGUGAAAGACAACAAUUUAUGGGAGUUGGAAGAAAUUCAUGUGGUGCCUGCUAUUUUGAAGUUAAGCUAUGAUAACUUGCUUCCACAUUUAAAGAGAUGUUUUGCUUAUUGUUGUCUGUUUCCUAAAGGCUAUGCUAUGACAAAAGAUGAACUAACUAUGUUGUGGGUGGCAAAUGGUUUUAUUCCACCCAAAGGAGGAAACAACUUGUAUAUGCUUGGGGAGGAAAUUUUUAAUUGCUUGGUUUGGAGGUCGUUUUUCAUUGUUAAGGCCGACUCCAAGGAUGAUGAAUAUGUAAUGCAUGAUCUGAUGCAUGACAUGGCACGACAUGUGAUGGGAGAUGAUUGUUUAGUCAUAGAGCCCGGUAAGGAGGUUAUAAUCCCAAACGGGGUCCUUCAUUUGAGCUCAUCAUGUCCAGAUUAUCAAUUUUCACCCCAAGAGUUAGGCAAGUUAGCGUCAUUAAGGUCGGUAUUCAUGUUCCAAGGCGGACACGGACACUGGUAUAAGUGUAACAUUAGCCAGAUUUUCAACCACGUGCAGCUAAGGGUAUUAUACUUGCGUGGUGUCAACUUGAAUACAUUGCCAGAAUUAGUCUGCAAACUCAAACAUUUAAGAUACUUGAAUUUAUCGGACUCAAGUAUAGAAGUUUUAUGUGAGUCCAUUAUUUAUCUCCAAAACUUGCAAAUGUUGCUUCUAAAACAUUGUGGUAGAUUGAAGAAGUUGCCUAAAGGCCUCAGAUACAUGAGGAAUCUUCAACAUUUGGACAUCACUGGCUGUUAUUGUCUGAGUCAUUUGCCAUGUGGAAUCAAAGAACUAUCUAGUCUCCGAACACUUUCAUUUUUUCCUCUUCACAAGAGUAUAUUUCCUUUUUUAAACAAGAGUGUGGCCAAAAUAGGGGAAUUGGGGAGUCUAAAUCUUCUUGAGGGGAAUUUAAAGAUACGUGGACUAGAGUCUGUUGGAGGCUUAAGUGAAGCCAAGAGUGCCAAUCUCAAAUGCAAAACAAAUUUGUCAGCUUUGGCGUUAGACUGGUCAAAAAGUGUUUUUUCUAUGCCUCUACAGCAAAAGUUUAUACAUUAUGAAGAGGUUCUCGAGGGACUAGAACCGACUUCUAGUCUCAAGGAAUUGAGUAUAUGGAAUUACAUGGGAAAGAUUAUUUCUCCAAGUUGGAUGACCAAUUUAAAGAAUUUGGUUGAAAUUACGUUUUUUUGGUGUCUGGAAUGUUGGGAGAUUACCCAAUCUUAGGGUCAUUACGCUGAGAUAUAUAUGUUCACUGAAGUGUUUCCAUGAUGACCACUCAAAUAUGUUAGGAGACACCACGGCUAUGUUUCUUUCUUUACAAGAAUUGUACAUCUACGAUUGUCAAGUUUUGAAUUCCUUGCCAGCUAACCUUCCAAAACUGGAGGUUUUAUCAUUAGAAAACUGUAAGAAGUUAGUUUCUCUACCAGAUGAGAUUCAAAGUUUCAAGGAUAUGAAGAAACUUUAUAUAAGGAAAUGUGAUCUUCUAUGGAGAAGGUAUGACAAGAAGAUCGGUGUAGACUGGCAUAAAAUUUCUCACAUUCCCGAUAUCCAAAUUUAUCAAGAUGGUGAAGGUUCAUUUAGUGAUGAUGACGAAGAAGAUGAAGAGAAGAUUGAUGAGACUGACAAAUGAUGGUCGGUGACUUAAAUUGAGGAUGGUGUUUAACCUCAUCAAUAUGGUAUUUGCGUCUUGUUCAUGACGUACACAAAAAUUGACACUCUAAACACAAGGUAACCCUUGGUGUCUAGAUUUUUAUGUUUUGGUCUACUUUUGUUUCUUCAAAAAGGAGUUAGGAUCAUGCAUGUUUUGGUUUACCUUGUUUGAAGCCGGGUAAUUACACAUUAUGUGGUCCUAAUUGUCUUUGUAGUUAUGUAUUGAAGCUUUCCAAUUAAAUAAUAAGUGUGCGAUUGAUUGUUUGA